AUGGAGGCUCCGGGAGCCGCACAGCAGCGCUGCACAGAGACGGCUGAAGUGGAGGUACAGGUGGAGCCGGAGCAGUGGAGGGGAGGAAGUCGACAGCAGAGGGGACGAGGUCCCGGACAUCCCCGGCAGCAGCAGAGAGCAGAAAGUAAUGAAUUCUGGGGGAUGAGUGAGGCGACGUGCCUGAGCGCAGUUACGUACUGCAGCGUAGCUCUAUUUGCCCGCCAAAGAAGAGCUGUGUCGCAGUUGGAAAAGAGCCCUUCACCAAGACGGUCACCUGCAAGGCUUUUCAAUAUGGAGUUUCGUUUGCCACUUGCUUUACUGUCUGUUCUGUCAGGUGUCUUGGUAAUACAAAUCUGCUGCAUGAAUGAUUCAUGGAAUUUAAGAAAACACACAGACUGGAAUAAACUAAUUUUGGUUCAUAUGUGGCCAGUUACUGUAUGCAAGAUGGCGGAAAAACACUGUGAACAUCUUCCUAACUACUGGACACUACAUGGACUGUGGCCUGAUAAGGCAGAUAUGUGUAAUGGUUCCUGGCCCUUAGACUUAUCCAACAUACAGGACCUCUUGGCAGAGAUGAACAAGUGGUGGCCUGACAUUUUACAUCCAAACUGUUCUACUUUUUGGAAACAUGAAUGGAUAAAGCAUGGUACCUGUGCAGCAUCUUUAUCAUGUCUGAACUCCCAACACAAAUACUUUAGCAAGGGCCUUGAGCUGUAUUCAAGUGUGGAUCUUAACAGUGUUCUGGGAAAAUAUGGAAUUAAACCUUCUAACACAUACAAGGUAAAUGAGAUUGAAGACGCACUUUGGUAUACGUAUGGCGUUGUACCAAAAAUUCAGUGUCUUCCCCCAGAGCAGAGUAAAGACGUACAAAUUCUUGGACAAAUUGAAUUAUGUUUUACAAAAGAGUUUGAGAUGGAAAACUGUACAAAAACUGAAGACUUUGAAGGCAACCUACAGACUGAAUCAGAACCAUUACACGUUUGUGACAAAGACUUAGAUAUCUUUUAUCCGCCAGCACAGUAAUGAAGGAUGAAGAAUUAAGAAAAACUGUUGCAAAGUGUAUACAUAUUCGUAAUAGCUCCUUCUGACUUAAAAUUCUGUUUUGGAUCAAAGGUUUCUCUACAUUUAUACAUACCUUAUGUGCUGCUUAUGGCUGUACCCCUAUAGAGAUUAGUAUUGUCACUUUGCAAUUUUUGUGAUAUUGGUGAUUUAUUGAUCAAGUAUUUAAAAAUAAACUCACCUUUGGAUAUUACUUAUUGUCACUUUAUUUUCUUCUGAAUUCAUUAAAAUGUUCUAAGUCUUUCAGACUCUUGCCUUGUAUAGUCA